AUGCCAUCCCAUUCAGCCUACGCCACCCUCGGCGUUCCUCGGGGCGCAACGGCCAAAGAGAUCCGCAUUGCAUACCGCGACAAGUGCCUGCUCCUGCACCCCGACCGCACGGCUGCACCGUCACGCGGGUCGUCCGCUGCAUUCCUGGCGGUGCAGGAGGCGUAUGAGACUCUCAAGGAUGAUCUGCGGAGGCGGGAGCACGAUGCGUCGCUCACUGCUCGAGCUCGUCGACCGCGUUACGACCCGGAGCUCGACUCGCCCGAGCCAGCACCGAGCCGGCCGAACGGUCCCGCACUCAGCAGUCUGUCCACCGCCGCGCUCGGCGUGAUUGCGGACGCCGCUCUGCUGGCAGCCGACGGCGAGGAGACGACGAGCCCAUUCGCGCUGCCGCAGCAGAGCGGCUUUGCGCCUCUGCACGGCGUCGCUUGCAGGAUUGGAGCGCCGUCGGGCUCCGCGCCGCCGUUGGCCGUGUUUGUACUGAGCGAGCUGCCGGUGCACGCGCUCAUGCUCGUCCGCGGCCACUGGCUACUCGUUCACUCGGGGGUAACCAAACAUAAGGUGCACGCGCUGAUGCUCGAGCGGCUGCGCGGCUACUGCGAGGGAUGGUGCGAGGAGCAGGCGCUCUUCCACGCGUCGAAGAGCUUGGAGUAUGAGAGUGACAGAGUGGUCACCGAGUGCAGUACAACCCAGGCGCUCCUCGACGCAAAGCAGAGCGUCGCGCUCAAGGCAACCGACGACUGGGGCGGGGUGUCGGGCGAGGUGUCGCCUCACCCUCUGCCCGGCGACUUGUCGCGGCUGGAGCGCUGCCUCCGCGCGCCGUGCCACUUGGGCGCGCCCGAGGGCGUCCUUGCAGGCGAGCCCGAGGUGCUUCACGUGGGCGCACCUCUCGACGCUGCGGCGCUCGUGCGGAGUGUCGGCGCCGAGCCGGCGCGGCGCGCGCUCGAGCGGCCGUGGACGGCGUCUCCUCACGCCUGCAGCUGCGACACAGGCGCCGAGCCGGUGGCGUGGGAGGGCUCCGGCGGCUGGGUGCGCGCGCAGCUGCUCUCCCACUUCGCCGCGCUGGGCGAGGCCGCGGCGCGCGCCGUGCUGUCGGGCAGCGCGGCGUCGCUCUCGGCGGAGUAUGGCGCCGAGUGGGCGCGCGCGGCUGGGCAGAGACGGCCGGACCCAAAGGAGACCUCCGGACGCAGCGUCUCCGUCUCUCCCGCAGGUGCGCGGCUGGGCAGAGACGGCCAACUUUGGCCGCUGGGCGAGCGGCGCGGGCGUGCACGCGGCGGCUCGCCUCCCUAG